CUGCUGCAGCCCCAGCCUCCUUUCUCCCAGAGCCAGAGGAUUGGUCACUAUGGCUGCGAAGGACGCUAGUUGACAAAUAUUGGUCAACUCGAACGAGCUCAGAUUUCGACGUGGCUGAAUUCAAAAUGCACUGAAUUCUUUGCACUGAGAUUAACGACAGAAAGCGUCAGCAUGUAUCACAAAGAAAAGAGCAUCCAGAUCAAGAGCAGCGCCUCUGCGCUGUACAACAACCUGAGCGUGCUGCGCAUCGCUCCUCGCUCUCUCACCUACUUCGCCGUGGUGCACGCCAACGUGGUGAAUAUGGUCAGCGCCUCCUGGGACGGCCUCAACUACUCGCACCGUCAGCUACAGUCCAAAGAGGGCUCCGUCGCCACCAGUUCCUCCCUCAUCAUGCAGGCUGCUUGGUGUGUGCUUCCCUCCCGUGAACUCCUUGUGCUCACCUCCCAACGAGGGAUACAGAUGUAUGAGUCAGACGGGUCAAUAAUGGUGUACUGGCAUGCGCUGGACUCCCCUGAAACGCUCACAGCCCAGGCAGUGUUUACGCGGGGCAUUGCGGCAGUCAGGGAAAAGUACAUCUGUGUCGGCAUUUCGUCUGGGUCUGUAUUGGUGUUUGAUGUCCCCAGCAAAGGCAGCAACAUCACCCUGUCCGAAGUUCUUGAGGAGCACAAAGAGUCCAUCACAGAUAUGGCAUCUGAAUGCUCGGGCAGCCUGGAGUGCAUAGCUGACUUGGUUAGCGCUGAUGAUUCAGGGCUUCUCUGUGUGUGGAAGUCGGGAGAGGAUUUCCAGCUGCUCAACAAGAUUCCAGGUUUUGAUAUGACCUGCUCCUCUGUGAAGCUGUGGAAAGGCACAGUGGUGGCGGGCUACGGCACCGGACAGAUCCGUCUCUAUGAGGCCGUCACAGGGAUCCUCCACGCAGAGAUCAAUGCGCACGCUCGCUGGAUCUACUCGCUGGACAUCGCCCCUUUCACUGGACUGCUCCUGUCCGCAGCUGAGGACUCUCUGGUGAGAGUGUGGCACCUGACCAUGACUCCGGAGACCAACAAUGUAGAGGUCGAGCACUUGUACAACGAGUGCGUGACCGACACCCAGAUCUGUGGGGCCAAGUUCUGUGACGGGGACGGCUACGCUUUCGCGGUCACGGGCUACGACCUCACCGAGAUCAUCCGCUACACACAGGGCUAGAGAAGAGGGCACAUGGAUGCAGACACACACACACACACACACACACACACACACACACAUACACACACACACAGAUACACACACACACACACACACCAGAACUACCAGAGCUACCAGACAAAGGUAUCACACACAGGUACAGUAUCUGUCAGUUAAGAAGGCAAUGGGGUUGAUCAGUGAGCAGCACUUGCCUUAUGUCGCAUCCGUAGUUCAAUGCCUCAUUUCGCAAUCAAUUCAUCAUUAUUUUCUACAAGAAUUCUGAAGAUUUUUCAAAUGGUUUGGAACACUGGACUUACGGCAUCCUGACAAUCAGACAGUUGAUCUCAUACACUAGUGACACUUGCAGUUGAAAAUGUUGGAAUAAGGCAUAUCAAGACAAAUUGCUCUCAACUGUUGAACAUGUUUUAUGAGUUGUUAUACAACCUGUGAUAUCAACACAGCACAGGGGGGAAACAACAUUCAGAAAGAGGUGUGUGGAUGUUGCUACUUUUACGUAGUAGCAUGAAAGAAGAGAUGCUUUCUGGCCCAAACCAUCUGAUGUUUGAAGGCCUCUGAGUGGUGAACUGAUGUUGUUAGGAAGGCCACGUAUUGUAGAUCAGAGGUCAAGUUUGUGUUGUGGUAUGCACAGCUAGUUGUGAGGCGAGGCCAUCAUCUGUAGGGAAUGGGAAAGGUCAGUGAGGAACGUCUGCUUCUUGUAAUACUUGUGAAAAGGUCAGAGGAUUUAGAGUGUGAUGCAAAUGUACAGAACAGAACAGAACAUUUGGCUGUGUGCAUAUUCAACCUCCUGGUCCCAACAUGGCUCAGGUUGCCAUUGGAGAGAGGAAUAUUUAUUAGGUUACACAAGCCUCUGUUAUUUGUCUGAAUUUCAUUGUAAAGGAAAUAAUUACUCAGUGGAGUUCUGUCUACACAGAGGAGUAUGAGAUGCUUAAGACCAAAUAUGUUAUGUGGAACAUGUUAUGGAUGUAUGUGUUAAGUACUACAACUUUUGCAUUCCAGAAUGGAGUGUUUCCUUAGUUUUCAUAGACCAUUGACGUUACGCAGAUUAUCAUGAAUGUGGUUGCAUUAAUAAAUGUUAUUAUAUAUCAAGUCUGUGGAUUUCUGAUCAGCUAUUCAGACCCUACAGUUUUUCUCAUUUGCUAAGAUGCACUUAAAGCAACGCUAAAGCACUUUUCCACUUUUGUUACAUAAUUUUAUGAAAGUAUGAUGUAUUGUGACAUUGAAGCAAGUCAAAUCUGUAGUUUCUUAUGUCUCAUUUCAUCUAACUACAGGUACACUACCCUAUCUGGUAAAGUUACAUAGUGUGGUUAUAGCCGCGAAGUGAAAGCAGAAAUACUGUUCACCCUGUUACAAGUCGAUGAACCGCUGAAAUGAUUUUGGAAACAUUAUUUUAAGGUACGAAAAACUCUUUAGUGUUGCUUUAAUGAUGGGAGCCACAUGAUCUUCAUCCUCACCUUCUUAGUGCAGCAGAUUUGUUACUUGUCAUCACUUUAAAAUGUCAUAACACUUUUUCAUUGGUUUCACAUGUUUUUUACACACCUUUUCAGACAUUUAACAUAGCUUUCAUAGAGAGAUAAACCCUAUUGGAUUAACUGGGUUGAACAAAUGAACUUGUACUGUCUGUCAUUGAGUUACACUCCUUUGCACAAUUCGUCAAUUAACAAUCAUUCAUUAUUCAGAUAACAGCUGAAUAUCAUCAUUUGUUUGGCACAUGACGUGGACAAGGAACUGUAUUGGCUAUUUGUGAAGGAGGCAGUACAUCGGUUGACAAGUCCAAGUGCUUAC